AUGGAGGGAAAACCUCGGUUAGUGUUUUCAAUUGAAAAAAAAUACGACAUCGUUAGUAUGAGAGAUAAAGGUGCGACUCGAAGAAUGAUACAAGAAAAGUACCAUAAUGUUACACAAUCCAUCUUGGACAAUAUAUAUGUAGGACAGGAAGUGAUUAGAAGACUAUUCCACGCCAAGAAAUUGAAUACUAGCCAUUCUGGAAAACGUAGAUGGCUACAUGUAACGGAUAUAGAGAGAGUUGUUUACCAGUUGUACUUAGGAUGUAGGCUAAACAGAAUACAAAUGACAGACGAAGAGAUACGGAAAAAAGCUCUGGAAAUUAAUAAAAAAUUAAAUGGAUCUCCUGAUUUUCAUGCCAGUUACCUUUGGUUGGAUAACUUUAAAUUCCGUUACCAUCUCACUGAAAAUGAUGUCAAGAAGGAUCUUCCAAUUCAAAAUGUAGCUACAGCUGAAACCUUCAAAAUUCAUUUUAAAAAACUUCUGAAAGACGGGGAGUUCGCAUUGGAGAAUGUUUACAAUGUCGUUUACACAGUAAUAUUGUGGAAAGCAGUACCGGAAAGAACUUUGAUUUUUAGCCAUGCGAAAAAAGUAGGAAAGCAAGAAAUGUUGGAAGAUCACGUUACUGUACUUCUUUGUGCCAAUGCUACCGGAUGUCACAAGUUGCCGGCACUAAUUAUCGGCAGCGUUGCGGAAACUCUACGUUUAUACAAUAUGAAUACAGAUGCCUUCUCGGUUAUCUACAGAGGCAACGCCCAUGGUUGGAUGAACAGAAAUAUUUUCAAUGAAUGGUAUAGGAACUAUUUCUUACAAUCAGUUAUAAAAAGGCAAUUGAAGAAUGGACGCAGGCAGAAAACGUUGUUGUUACUAGAUAAUACUAAGUUAAUUCACGAUCUCAACGAUCUAAAUGGAAAAGAUGAAUUCGUUACAGUUACAAGUAUCCCACUUAAUAUAUCACCACUCAGACAACCAAUGAAUUGUGGAAUAAUUGCAAGUUUCAAGCGAAAGUACCGAAAAGAAUUGAUGCAAACAUUAGCUACAUUACCUUUCUGCAAUACGAAGGAUGAUCUGAUAAACAUGCAUGAACAAUUAGACAUGUGGGAUUGCUGCCGCAUUGUACAUGCUGCUUGGGCUUAUGUCGACAAUGAAAUACUGAAAAAUGCGUGGGACAGUCUUUUGAAGUGUGAUAUCGUGUGGAGUGGGCAUUACGCAUUAAAAAUGAAAUUUGACGCAGUUAACACAGUUGAAUGGUUCAAUCGCUUACCUGGAUGCGAACGGUGUGAUAAUGCCACUGUGUUAAACUGGUUUGAAUGUGAUGACGUAUCUGAGAUAAUGAUAAAGAUAUUUACCAGCAAAGUUAUUGAAGAUUUUGAAAACAAAUCUAUGAACCCAGUGAACACAAAUAUCAACGAUGAAGCUGGGCCUUCUCAUUCGAAGAUUCCAAGAAUGAGUUAA